CGCCCCCGCGGGCCCCGCGCGCCUCGUGCCUCGGGCCUCGCGCCUCGAGCCAAGUCCCCGCCCCGGCCCCGUCGCGCCGCGGAGUUGGCUGCUGGGCGGCGCGGGCCUGGGUGUGGCCGGCGACUCUCGGCGGCGCUCGGCUCGGCGGGGCGCUGCGCUGCGAUCUGCGAGCGGGCUCUGCGGGCGAGGGCUGCUGCGCGCCCGGCCGAGCCAGGCAGCGUCCGGUGGCGCGGGCCGGAGCCCUCCCAGUUGCUUUCCCUUGUUAAUUCCUGAGGGAACUACAGUCUCAGGAUGAGUGAACUGGAACAGUUGAGGCAGGAAGCAGAACAACUACGGAAUCAGAUCCAGGAUGCUAGGAAAGCGUGUAACGAUGCAACCCUUGUUCAGAUCACGUCAAAUACGGACACCGUGGGUCGAAUACAAAUGCGAACAAGGCGUACGCUGAGGGGCCACCUUGCUAAGAUCUAUGCCAUGCAUUGGGGAUAUGACUCAAGGCUACUAGUCAGUGCUUCCCAAGAUGGAAAAUUAAUUAUUUGGGAUAGCUAUACAACAAAUAAGAUGCAUGCUAUUCCUUUGAGGUCCUCCUGGGUGAUGACCUGUGCUUAUGCACCCUCUGGCAAUUAUGUUGCUUGUGGAGGACUGGACAACAUCUGCUCUAUAUAUAACUUAAAAACCAGAGAGGGAAAUGUGAGAGUGAGCCGAGAGCUACCUGGCCACACAGGCUACUUGUCCUGCUGUCGGUUUUUAGAUGACACCCAAAUUGUUACAAGUUCAGGAGAUACAACUUGUGCUUUAUGGGACAUCGAAACUGCCCAGCAGACCACCACAUUCACUGGGCAUUCUGGAGACGUGAUGAGUCUUUCUCUGAGUCCUGACAUGAGGACUUUUGUUUCUGGGGCUUGUGAUGCAUCUUCCAAAUUAUGGGAUAUUCGAGAUGGAAUGUGUAGACAGUCUUUCACGGGACAUGUGUCAGAUAUUAAUGCUGUCAGUUUUUUCCCAAAUGGAUAUGCCUUUGCUACUGGCUCUGAUGAUGCCACUUGCCGGCUCUUUGACCUUCGUGCAGACCAAGAGUUAUUAAUGUAUUCUCAUGACAGCAUCAUCUGUGGAAUCACUUCCGUAGCCUUCUCAAAAAGUGGGCGCCUCCUGUUAGCUGGUUAUGAUGACUUUAAUUGUAAUGUCUGGGAUACGCUAAAAGGAGAUCGUGCAGGUCUUCUUGCUGGUCAUGACAACCGUGUCAGCUGUUUAGGCGUAACUGACGAUGGCAUGGCUGUGGCAACAGGCUCUUGGGACAGUUUUCUUAGAAUUUGGAAUUAACAGUGUCAUACAUACUUUCUGUUCUCCAUUGAUACCUGGAGAAAUCAAUGCUACAGCUUAUCGCUGUGAAAAAAAAAUCCUACCUUAUAUUUGCAGGUGAAGAUUUUCUAUUGAGAUUAUUAUAUACAAAAAGAAACUUUCACUUAA